AUGCGUACACCCCAAAUUUCGACGGUGUCAAGUCAAGCUUCCACAGCAGGAAAAGACGGCUGUGUAGAAGCUGUGUGGGAAGAGAAUGGAAAAACCAAGAAGGAAGUGGAGGAGGUACUAGGGGAAGAGGAAGAGGAAUGUGUGGCGGAAAAAGUUCUUGAUCGGCGAGUUGUCAAGGGCAAAGUGGAGUAUCUUCUAAAGCGGAAGGUCUCAAAUGAGGACAACGCAUGGGAGCCAGAAGAGAACCUGGGUUGCCCUGACCUUAUUGCUGAGUUUCUACAGCCACAGAAAACAGCCCACGAGACAGAUAAAUCAGAGGGAGGCAAGCGCAAAGCCGAUUCUGAUUCUGAGGAUAAGGGAGAGGAAAGCAAACCAAAGAAGAAGAAAGAAGAGUCAGAAAAGCCACGAGGCUUUGCCAGGGGUUUGGAGCCUGAGCCGAUUAUUGGUGCUACUGACUCCAGUGGAGAACUCAUGUUCCUGAUGAAAUGGAAAAACUCUGCUGAGGCUGACCUGGUCCCUGCUGCCAAGGAAGCCAAUGUCAAGUGCCCAUAGGCUGUCAUCUUCCAUGAGGAAAGGCUAACGUGGCAUUCCUGCCACUCAGAGAAUGAUGACAAAAAAGACGACAAGAACUAG